UUCCGUUGGUCUCUCUGCAGAAAAGAAAGUAAGAAAAACAGAGGAGAAAGAAAAAGAAACAUCAAAGAUGGCCACAAAGGAAAGCGUCUUCAUCAGCUGCGGCGGUGAGGACACUCGAUACUCCUUCGUCAGCCACCUGUGCAUGGCUUUCUGCCGCAGAAACAUCUCCAUUAACUUGUCGGAAAUAGAGGAAGCCAAUGCUUCUGUCGUCGUUUUCUCCCAUGACUAUGCCUUCUCCGAGCCAUCACUGGAUGACCUCGUCAAGGUUUGGAGACUGCGCCUCGAGAAUGGCCAUCUCGUGGUUCCGGUGUUGUACGGCGUGGCUCAAUCCGAUGUCGAGCAACUUAAUGGGAGCUUCGGGGAAGCUUUUUCCGAACACGAGGGCUCGGAUUCGGCUCAUCGAGUGCCCGAAUGGCGCAAGGCCGUCGUGGAAAUCGCUCGUUUACCAGGCCACGAAUGUAAUGCUCAAAUAAGUGAGUCUAAAUUCGUGGAAGAUAUCGUCACUGACGUACACGAGAAGCUCUUUCCCACCGAUAAACUUGGAAUUCAAUCGAUCUUGCUGGAGAUAGAAGACUUGAUUUGCCAGCAACCGUGGGCCAUCCGCUGUGUAGGAAUUUGGGGUAUGGGAGGCAUUGGCAAAACCACCGUCGCUCAAGCUGCUUUUGCUAGAAUGUCUGAACACUAUGAAGCUUCUUGCUUCAUCCCAGACUUUGACGAAUCCUUCCGCACAAUGGGUCUGCACCGUCUGCGGGGAGAAACCUUACCCGCAGUGUUUGACAUAAACAACCGAAGCCACCCUAGACGCCGUAAAAGGUGUCUUCUUGUUCUUGAUGACGUGAGCAAUCCUUUGGAUGCGGAGUCUUUUCUUGGAGGGUUUGAUCGGUUUGGCCUGGGAAGCCUUAUAAUCAUAACCUCCAGAGAUAAGCAAGUGCUCGUCUAUUGUGGGGUCAAACAGAUAUACGAGGUUAGGGGUUUGAAUGAGGACGAGUCUCUGCACUUAUUCUCGCGGCGUGCAUUUGGGAAAGACGCGAUGAAGAAGGAAUUCCUGAAUGUGUCAGAGAUGGUUGUUGAAUAUGCUAUGGGUAACCCUAAAGUUCUCACCUAUUAUGGAGAAAAGCUCAAGGGAAAGAAACCGGCCGAGAUGAAGAUGGCCUUUCUCAAGCUCAAGCAACAUACUCCCCAUAAAAUUAUGGAACUAUUCAAGAACAACUACGACUCUCUUAGUGACAAUGAGAGGAAUAUAUUUCUGGACAUUGCUUGUUUCUUCGCGGGAGAAACUGUUGACUAUGUGGUGCAGCUCUUUGAAGCUUGUGGUUUCUUUCCACGUGUUGGGAUCGAAGUUCUUGUCUAUAAGUCUCUUGUGUUUAUCUCAGACAACAGGGUUGUAAUGCAUGAUCUGAUCCGGGACGUAGCUCGCCAGAUCGUCAAUGGAGAAACAACACAAAUUGAGAGGCGUUGCAGACUGUGGGAGGCUUCCAUCAUCAAGUAUCUACUAGAAGAAGUUGAUCUUCAAGUAAAUGGUACGCUAGAUAUCCAAGGCAUAUCUCUGGACACGUCUGAAUUAAGCUUCGAUGUAAAAUCAAUGGCAUUCAAGAAAAUGUAUGGUCUUAGGGUUUUGAAGAUUUACAAUUCCAGUCCUGGAAAACAUCCCAGAGUCCGGCUUCCUAAUGGCCUAGAGUCUCUGCCUAAUGAGCUAAGGCUUCUCCAUUGGGAAAAUUACCCUCUAAAAUCAUUGCCUCAGAAAUUUAAUCCUGAGAACCUUGUAGAGCUAAACAUGUCUCAUAGCAAAAUCAAGAAGCUAUGGGAAGGGACAAAGGAUCUCCGGAAUCUAAAGAUGAUCAGAUUAAGCCACUCCCGACAGCUAACUGAAUUCCCAAGGCUUUCUAAGGCCUUGAACCUUGAGCAUAUCGAUGUUGAAGGAUGUACUGGUCUGGUGAAAGUCAGUUCAUCUAUUCAGUAUCUUGGCAAGCUUGUUGUCUUGAAUCUGAAGGGUUGUUCUCGUUUGCAAACUCUGCCUGCCAUGGUUAAUUUAAAAUCCCUAGAAGUUCUUAAUCUGUCUGGGUGCUCAGAGCUCGAGAAUAUUCAGGAUUUCUCAGAAAAUAUAAGAGAGAUAUAUCUCUCUGGGACUGCAAUAAGAGAAGUUCCUUCAUCGAUCGAGAAUCUCAGCAAACUUGCUAUACUAGAUUUAGAAAAUUGCAAAAGGCUUCAGCACCUGCCGAUGGGAGUGAGUUACUUGAAAUCGCUUGGGACCCUUAAGCUGUCUGGCUGCUCAAAUCUGGUGGGCCUUCAAAAUCUUGAUGCAUUAUAUCUAAGAUGCUUGCAACAUCUCGAUGCAACAAAGACGACAACCAUGGAAGAAUCCUCACAUCUGUUUUCACAUCACUCUGCUAUUAAAGAAUCAAAGUUGGAUGGGUCACAAUUCUUUCAGAACUCUUUCGCUCUGCAGUUCAGAUCAGAUACUUUGGAUGCGCAUGGUUGUACGUCUCUGGAGUCUAUUACAUGGUGUUUCGAACGGAUUCCUAGACAAUGCCUACUCAGUAAUUGCUUUGCUCUAUCUCCGGCUGUGGUAAAAGACCUUGCAGCAAAAGCUCUGGCUGGUUUUGAGCACAUGGAAUUGUUUGGAGCACCACCUGAACUCGAGGUAUGUCUGCCCACUUCUGUAGGAGAAAUCCCCACAAUGCAUAUCUCUACAGAUCCUCGGAUAACAAUGCAGCUAGCAUCUCAGAGAGAGCAGCCCGUGGGCUUUGUUUUGUCAGUUGUUGUGGCGUUUUCGGACAAUAACUCCAGAGACCUUAGUUUUGGGGUUAAGUGCAUAGGCAGUUGGAGAGCCAGAAAAGGGUUCUGCCACAGCAGUGAGAGAAUCUUCUGGUUUUGGGAACCGUGGGAAGACGCACCGAAGCUUCGACAUGACCACACGUUUGUCUUCUGUCAACAGGUAAUGAAGCCGCGCGCUGUCAUAAUGUAUGAUGAAGUUGAAUUUGAGUUCUAUCCUGUAAAAGAGUGGGGUAUGCGUCCACACGAUAGCUGCACGGUGAAGCAAUGCGGAGCCUAUGAUGUCAAUGCUCUGAUUGACAAGCAGAGCCCGUUUCCGUGGAAAGAGUGGAGUGUGGCCUCAAAGGAAGGGAAGCUUGUGAAGCAGAUGGCUUCUGAACCCAAGCAUCCUCAGGAAUCUCCUCCUAUGAACCCUGAGACUCCUCAUAAAUGACCACACUCGCCGCAUCCUGUCUCCCGUUGAACCCGAGGAUACAAUACAUAUGUGUAUGUGUAUAGUCAAUAAUCUGUCAUAUUACGUAGUCAUCAAUCUCUAUACCUUACCAAUACUGGAAAUUUGACUUUUUCACGUUUA